GAAAAACAGAGCAAUGUCGGAUUGGGGUCCUAUUUUCGUGUCAUUGGUUCUUUUCGUGCUUCUAUCGCCGGGGCUGCUGUUUCAGGUUCCGGGUCACCAUCGGUGCAUCGAGUUCGGCAACCUCAAGACCAGUGGUGCUUCCAUCUUUAUCCACUCCUUGCUGUAUUUCGGCCUCGUUUGUGUGUUCUUGCUGGCGGUUAAGGUUCAUUUGCAUUUGGGUUGAUCAUCAUGUCCGGUUCUUUAUUGUGUUUGAUUUUCUGUUUCUCUU